AUGAAUCUUUUCAGAAUUCUAGGGGACUUGUCCCACUUGGUCAGUGUGCUAAUUCUUCUCAAUGCUAUCAUCAAGGCCAGAUCGAUUUCUGGGAUUUCCUUCAAGACACAGUUACUCUACUCGAUUGUCUUUAUGACGAGAUAUAUUGAUUUGUUCUUCAGAUAUGUUUCUCUUUACAACACAUUGAUGAAGGUUUUCUUUAUUGGGUCGUCGAAUUACAUUUUGUAUUUAAUGAUAUUCAAGCACAACUAUCUCAAGAGCCAGCAACCAACGUUUGACGAAUUCAAGAUUGAGUAUUUGCUAAUUGGCAGCGCUAUAACCUCGUUAAUUUUCAACUAUGGAUACAAUUUCACUGAAAUACUUUGGAGCUUUAGUAUUUGGUUAGAGAGCGUAGCAAUAUUUCCACAAUUGUUCAUGUUGCAAAGAACUGGAGAAGCAGAGCUUUUGACGACUCAUUACAUUUUUGCCCUAGGUAUUUAUAGAGCAUUGUAUAUUCCCAAUUGGCUAUGGAGAUAUUAUAUGGAAAAUCAUUUUGAUUCAAUUGCUGUGAUAGCUGGCAUUAUACAAACGUUGAUUUAUUCAGAUUUCUUUUAUAUAUAUUAUAAAAAAGUUAUAAAAGGAAUGAACUUUAAGAUCCCUGUAUAA